AUGUCGUCCAUUAGCUCCUACCACUCCCAGCGCUACAGCAGCUCUUUCCGCCAGGGAAGAAGCCGGUUGAGUGAGCCUGACCACGAGCCUUUCAUCAAUGAGAAGGACAGGAACCUGCUACGACAUGGUGCUUUGCCAGCAAGGGAAUCCUUUGCAAAUGCAGCCCUGACGGCCCAGACUCCAGGACGCCCUAUCCGCCUGGGAGACUCCUUCCAAAUGUCCACGGACGUCAGCCAGUUUGAACCCCAAGAGGUGGUCGUUGUUUUUUACAACCAUCACAUUGUGAUUCAAGCUGAGCAGGUAGCAGAAGAUGGGACAAUCAGGAACACUUUCAGUCACAAGUACCAGCUCCCAGAGGAUAUAGACCCAAUGUCUGUGAGCUGCACCCUCACUGAAGCAGGCAUGCUGGUGAUCAGUGUGAGAAGAAACCCAUUCCUGAGCCACAGUGAGCCACCACCCCCCCUUUACCGUUCCGAGAUGCAGCUCUAG